ACUCAGAAACAAGGGAUCCUUCCAAACACACCCAUAAGUUUGUAUUCUCAUUUAAUUACAUGGGAAAGUGCCCCCCCUCUGUAAAUUCGGUCGCAACCCACCCUCUCUCCCCGUCUCUCUCUCAAGUCUAACCAUUCUGAAAAAGGCGUAGUGGUGAAUCCUUUGAACCGAGAGCAAUGGAUCCUUCUCCGCCUCUCAACAUCUUGGUUAGAGAACCUCAAGGAUUCUCUCUCUGGACCGGUCCGCCUUUCAGCAAUGGCGAACCCCGCGUCAAUCUCCAAGUACCCUGCUCGUCCUCAAAGUUCAGUGAAGAUGGAAGCAGGCUCCUCGCCAUCAAAGAUAACUCCAGUGUCGUCUCUAUUUAUGAAUCUCAAAAUGGGCGAGAGAUCGCUUCGUUCCAGGUCCCUGGCUUGCUGGCUGCUUCUCUCUCCCCAAGAGGAACUUAUCUCCAAACUUUCCAGAAAGCGUUGCCCUCCCAGGAAAAGAACCUCAUCCUAUGGGAAAUCGAUAAUUCCACCACUGUUUAUCAGCAAUUCCAGAAGACUAUGGCGAAGAAUAACUGGCCUUCCAUCCAAUUUAGUUCUGAUGAGGCCACAGCCUGCCGGAUGGCUACGAACGAGAUACAGUUCUUUGAUGCUAAGGAUUUCACCAAAGGAGUUUUAUAUAAGCUUAGAAUCCCAGGUAUAGCUUCGGUGGAGCUUUCUAAGACACCAGGCUCACAUGUUGCUGCAUUUGUCUCAGAAUCAAAGGGAAUUCCCGCCAGUGUUCAAAUCUUCGUGUGUGGUAAGGAUAACCCGUUACAGCCUGUUGCUCGCCGUAGCUUUUUCCGUUGCUCCACAGUGCAAUUGCAUUGGAAUUUUGGCUCCACGGGGCUCUUGAUCGUGGCACAAUCAGAUGUGGAUAAAAGCAACCAGAGUUAUUAUGGAGAGUCAAAGUUGAAUUACUUGACAACCGAUGGGAGCCAUGAAGGACUUGUACCUCUUCGUAAAGAUGGUCCUGUUCAUGAUGUUCAAUGGUCUCCUUCUGGUGCUCAAUUUGUAGUAGUUUAUGGAUUCAUGCCUGCAAGAAUUACCUUGUUUGACAAGAAGUGCAAUCCAGUAUUUGAGCUUGGAUCAGGCCCUUACAAUACUGUCAGGUGGAACCCGAAGGGAACAUUUUUAUGUUUGGCGGGUUUUGGAAAUUUGCCUGGCGAUAUGGCAUUUUGGGUUUGUUCAGAGAAAAGGUUACUUGGAACUACAAAAUCUGAGUGCUCAGUAACGAGUGAAUGGUCUCCUGAUGGGCGCUAUUUUAUGACAGCCACAACAGCUCCCAGAUUACAGAUUGACAACGGGAUUAAAAUAUUUCAUCUUGAUGGGUCACUGUAUUUCAAGAAAAUGUUUGAGAAACUCUACCAGGCUGAUUGGAAGCCAGAAGCUGUGGAACGAUUUGGAGAUAUUGAUGAACUAGUUAAGUUUGUAAAAACCAAUUUAAAGAUUGAUGAUAUUAGUAAAGGCCCAAAACCUCUCUCUCAAUCCAAUACAAAGGUCAGUACUCCUGCUCCGAAACCUACUGCUUAUCGUCCGCCACAUGCCAAGAAUGCAGCUGCGGUUCAAGCAGAGCUCUUUGGUGGAGGUGGUGGCCCUUCAGAAGAGAUGAGUAAGAAUGCAUUGAGAAAUAAGAAGCGAAGAGAGAAGCAAAGAGAGAAAAAGGCUGCUGCAGACAAUGGUAAUUAAUAUAGAUAUGUUGAAAAUGAUGCAUUCUCUUUUGCACACUUCUUUCUAAAGAAGUACUAUUUUCAUCGUCUUUGAUCCUGUUGGUAAGCGUGGGUUGCAAAACAAGGGCUUCUCCCGAGGUCAGGUACACCUAGCAUGCCUUGCAUGAGAAGUUUGGAGUUUAUAUUGGAUUCAGUUCACAAGUUUCUUUUGAAUUGAGUCCCUUGCAUGAGAAGUGUGAAAGUACUCAAAGAUGAGUAAAGUUUUAUAAUGCUCAAAAGUGAAUACUCGGGUGUCUUUUGCUGAUGUCCUUUCAACAUGUAAGUUAUCAUGCGGUGGUUGCUAUACCAAACUGUUAAGAUUCUUGUAUGAGAAAGCAAUUCACAAAAAGGGUAUGGAACAUUCUUUAUAUCUGAGUGAAAAUUGAUUGUGGAUGCAUCAAACAAGGUUGGAUGGUAAUGAAAGUUUGAUGGCAGUUUGAAGUCUAA